AAGGCCAUGGAGUCCGAGGGAGAAAGACAGUGGAGCUCUCUCCUAGUGCCUUCUGUUCUAGAGAUCGUGAAAGAGAAGAACUUUACAACUGUUCCUCCGAGGUAUCUUCGGUCUGAUCAAGACACAACUGGUAUCCUCGAUGAUUCUAGUCUGAGUUCCGAGAUUCCAGUCAUCGACAUGAAACGCUUGUGUUCUGUUUCCGCCAUGGAUUCCGAGCUCGAGAAGCUCGAUUUCGCUUGCCAAAAUUGGGGAUUUUUUCAACUUGUAAACCAUGGAAUCGACUCGUCUUUCUUGAACAAACUAGAGACUGAGGUUCAAGAUUUCUUCAACCUCCCCAUGGAAGAUAAGAAGAAGCUGUGGCAGAGAAGUGGCGAAUUCGAAGGAUUCGGACAAGUGAACAUUGUGUCCGAGGAUCAGAAACUGGACUGGGGAGAUAUGUUCAUCCUCACCACUGCACCAAUUCAAUCGCGCAAGUCUCACUUGUUCUCCAAAUUACCUCCUUCUUUCAGAGAAACCGUAGAGACUUACUCAUCUGAAGUGAAGAGCAUAGCUAAGAUCCUCUUGGCGAAAAUGGCGACUGUUUUAGAGAUCAAACGCGAAGAGAUGGAAGAUUUGUUCAAAGAUGUUUGGCAAUCUAUAAAGAUUAAUUACUACCCGCCGUGUCCACAGCCAGAUCAAGUUAUGGGUUUGACACCACAUUCAGACGCUGCAGGUCUCACAAUACUACUGCAGGUGAAUCAAGUGGAAGGACUUCAGAUCAAGAAAGACGACAAGUGGGUUGUCGUAAAACCUAUUCAAAAUGCUCUAGUUGUUAAUGUUGGGGAAAUCUUAGAGAUCAUAACGAACGGGAGAUAUCGAAGCAUCGAGCAUAGAGCGGUGGUGAAUGCAGAGAAAGAGAGGUUAUCAGUAGCGAUGUUUCAUAGUCCGGGAAAGGAGACGGUGAUUGGUCCGGCAAGAAGCCUUGUGGAAAGGCAGAAGCAAUGUUUAUUCAAAAGCUUGAGCACACAGGACUACUUUGAUGCUUUCUUUGCUCAGAAACUCAAUGGGAAAUCUCACCUUGAUGAUCUUAUGACUAUCUAA